AUGUCCGAUGAUCGAACUAAGCUAUCAUGUAGCAAGCAGCUUGUCGAAGACGCAGUUGUCUCCAGCUUAGGUUGCGUCGGCAACCAUCCGCGAUCCCGCCGCCAGUCAACUGGGACAUCUCAGGAACACCAACAGAAAGGGCCAUGUUCCAUCAUUUACAUCAUCCCACUAGGAUACUAUUCCGACUCAGUCAAACACGGCCUGAUAGCGUUGGGAUGUGCACAUCGAGGCUUCAUAAGCGACUACAGAGAAGAAGACCAGGCUGCGGGCGCGCAAACAUACGAUGUGCUAGCAACCCAGCAAUUCUCUAAGGCCAUGAAGUUCACGACUCGGGAUAUGGAAAGGCUUUCGUCUAUCACUCUCAGGACAUCGCUCGUUUCUUGUUUGAUAUUCAUCUGCUUUGAAAUCAUGCAGGGAAGUUACGACAAAGCUCUGCAACACCUUAGAUCCGGCUCUAGCAUCAUGGUUGCCCUGUCCAAAGCGGCAACGGAUGCUCAGGCAGGAUUACCUCUUUCAGUGCACCAGAGAUGCCUGGCUGAGACUGUCAAGGACUAUUAUGAUCAGUUAUGCGAUCUUGCUGACAUGUUCACCUGCUUGGGCUGCGAUGCUGCCUACUUACUGGAAGAAGGCGAAGUCAUUCCGGACCUGUCUUAUUUCUUCCGGGGCAGUAGCAACAAAGAUGCUUCCAAGCCGUACUCCUCGACCACCGAGGCUCGGUACGAUCUCCACCUUGUAGACCGAGCUUUUGGGAAGGCUUUACGUUACAAUGUCCGAGGUAGCAUUCCGAUGAAUCCGAUAUCUUGGACCUCAUUCUUGGAUUUGCCAGAGAGCAUGUCACCACUAAGAGACGACGACCUGCGGCUCGGGGAAUGGCUUACAGCUCGCCAUCUCUUUGAUGUCUUUAGUAGUCGGCUUGCAACUUAUACUGAGCAUCUCAAGUCAAGCUCAUCAACAACCAGGCAGCAGUUAUGGGAGGCGCGGCUAAUGUCAGUCAUGCAAAAGGACUGGUCGGUCAUCAUCAAAUGCUUGGAGGCCCCGAGCUCACAACCUCUGGAUCGACAAUUUUUCCAGGAUCUUUUAGAAGAUGCUGAAUCGCUCAUAUAUGCCGAGGCCGAGCCGAUGCAGUAUCCAGUCUUUACCCUGGGUGCGGAUGUGAUCCCGCGAAUGAGCCUCAUUGCCGGGUUCUCUGGUGAGCCGGACCUGCAGCAAAGGGCCAUUUCGCUACUGUAUGCCAUGCGAAGGAAAGAAGGUAUGUGGGAUAGUCGGGAGAUUGCCAGUUUGCUAGAGUCUAUCUUGUUGGCUAGGGAAAGCAGCAUCUGGAACAUGGAGUAUGAGAGGAUCUCUCUUCCGCGAAUAGCAGGGAUGCUGUUAUCGCUGAAGCUGUAUGAUGGUAGCAGUUCGUUACCUCUGGCUACGCUGGUAGACUAA